AUGUCACGACGGUGGCUCACACUCCUGUUUUGUCUCGGGCUCUGGCUUCAGUGCGCUCGUGCCGCGCCUCCCGGGAUCCCGCCUGACCCCGACCGUGUAGAGUGGAAGGACGUCACGGUUUCGCUGUUCCGCCGCCCUGAUUAUCGCACCUUUGCCGACGCUGUCCUGGACAAGGAUUUAAACUAUUUCCACUGGACGAUAGAUGUUAGUCCACAGCACACCGGGGGCCAGUAUGUCGAUUCUUUCGACGUAUCCAACGGGGUACAAGUUCGUCAAGGGCCCAAGGAGAACAUUGAGACGAAUCUCGCGAGGCCAGGGGCCACGUCCCCAGAUUUCCGCUUCCAGUACAAGUACAACGUCGAGCCAGCCAAGGCGGUCACUUUGCAGGCGAGAAUCAAAAUAGGAAGUGCCGAGGUGUCGACGAUUGACGUUUUGAAAGCGCUACAAGAGCUCGACAUGCCUGGCCCCGGAGAGAGCUGCGUCGCCUGGGCACAAUUGGCGGUUCGCUCGCUGCAGAGAGGAGAAGUAGUGAGGGAAUUCCAUGUCGAAACGUUUUUCGAAAAGGCCCUGGAGUACGGGUUCGAGAGAUGUAGGGUGGUGCAAGAUCCAAAUAUACCAGUUGAGCGAAUUCCGCACGAAAACAUGGUAAUUGCCGAACUUGGCCAAGACGGAGAUAUUGUCAAGCCGGAGUCGUCUUACGCAGAUGCCUCAACACCUCGCCAGGGGAAGAAGCCGCAUCCUCACGAGCGCGGUAAGAAAAGACCAUGCACCAUACUUAAAAGAGAGCUUUGCGACGAUCUGGAAACGGUAGCCGAACAGGGCUCCAGAGAAAGCUUCGAUAGCCUUUUGGAAAGGUACGGACACGAGAGUCUAGCAAAACCUCAAGGACGGCUACACCUCGAGCUCCGUAGCAGGAUGCAGGCAUUCAGAGAGGUCCCGCGGUUCGAAAGGAUCACGGCUUUAGCAGAAAGAUUGGGCUCAAAAGCCUUGGUAGUCGGCGGGCUGGCUUUGUACGUCGCUGCAGUUGCUGAAACCUUCUCCAGCGAUGCCAGCGUCCUCGAUAAAGCUGCCGUGGUAACGUCCAUCCUGCCCUUCAUCGGCUGCGCGGUUCGGGCGGCGGAUGAUGCCGUGCGAGGUCAUCUCGACACCGUCGCGAUGGACUUGUGCUUCUUGGAAGACGGUCUUACUCUUUGUGGCUUCUGGGAAGUCGCCCUCUUGCUGCAAGCUGUAGAAAGCAUCUACAAACUGUCCCAGCAGAUGGAGGAGCAGCAAAGGCUCUACGAUACGGAUUACUUCUUGGAUCACCGCAUGGUGGGAUGGGAAAACAAGAUCACCGACCUUGGGCAGUAUAUAGACUCUCCGGAAUUUAUGUACAAUGCCACCAAUCUCUAUUCAGCAUAUCAGGUGGGAGUCCUUUUCCAGGCGUCACAGCUCAUGGGCGACUUGAAAGCUUCCCGCGGACUUGCACACGCUUCGGCACAUUCCAACAGCACUACUAAUGGUACCAACGUGGCAGUUGUGAAAGACGGCUGGAACGAGCACAUCGACGCCGCGACACAAGACGAGAUUGACCGACAGCUUUGCGCCGAGGCGGCACGGAACAAGGUUCGGACACAGAAACUCCUCGAAAGUCAGAUGCUUGAUGCGGUCAAGAAGCUCAGUGAGCGGUAUGACGAAGCCUACACGGAGAGAUACGUAAAGGAAGCGACAAAACCCAUUGAGCUUCUCGGCUUCAUCCCCCUCCAUGCCUCUUAUGAGAGCCCCCAGCAGCUGAGGGACGAGUUGGAUCGUCUCAGAAGGCACUUUCCGCUCCAGCUGUAUGAAGAACGCAUCAAAGUGGCCAUCGAAAGGGUCAUUGGCCGUAUAAAAACGCCCCCCCUAUGCGCACGUCUCAAACAAGGCGACUUGUGCGAGGACCGAAGUUGCGCCAGUCCGCCGAGUCAUAUUGACAAUGUCAAGAUUUGCUCCCAAGCCCGAGAGAGACAGCCGUGUGCUGAAAUCCCAGCACCGCGCAAUCAAUGCGUCGACAUGCCCUACUUGUGGCGUGACCUAGCCCGUUCUAUUAACUUGAAGAAGGCACUUGGUACCUGCGCCUUUUACGUAGCGGUUGCUCUGGCAGCAACUUCACAGCAUCUUCUCCAGGUGUGGAUCUUCAUCGUCAUGCCAAGCUCUCGCACUUUGACCAUCGGCUGA